AUGUCAAACAUGCAGUCCGCCUGGCAAGUUAUAUUGCAGGCUAGCGACGAUGAACUGCGUGAAAGCAUUUUGCACUUGCCAACCCGGCAACAGCACCGCAUUGCAUUCCUCACACUGCAAUGCACAACCGCAGGCAUGUACCAUGCAGAGUACUGCGACGCAAGUUGGCGCGACACAGUACUGCAUCAGUGGGAAGAUCUCCCAGCUUCCGCAUAUGCAGCUACCGCACCCGCGCCCGCAGAGAGCAUGCAAGCACCGCCCUACCCGGACAACGGCACCAGCGCAGAUGAUGACAUGCCACCACCGCCCUGGCCCGAGAGCACUACCGCAACGCAAUCCGCGGGCCCAGAACCACAGCAGACCGCAUCCUCCUCCUCCUCGGCAGACGGGGUGCAACAGCUGUCACAACUGCUCACCAAUCUGCUCCAGCAACAGCAGCAGCAGCAGCAGCAGUCGCAGCCACGACCGCAGCAGCAACCGAGACAAGCCUGGGCAGACAUCCAAGACACAGCACCGCAACCAAAGCAGCAGCCCACAGCAAAAGAGCCGCCUGGCAAGAAGCCGCCCCCCAAACUGCCAGACCACAUCCACGGGCCCAAUCCACAGCAAACACCGCAACAGCCCGCAGCACAGCAGCCCACACAAGGGCCACCGCGCAGCAUCUUUCCGCAGCCGCCGAGCCAGCAAGACCCACAGCCCACACAGCAGCCACAGCCAUCAGCACCGCAAACGGAUUCCAUGCAAAACGGCUUCGACGUCAACUUCGGAGUCGGACCGCCAAUCCCACUGCACGACUGCCACAAGCGCCCACCGCUAGGCUAUUUUCCGCAAGGGUGCGAACCUGCACAGGCAAACCUUUGCAACCGCAAAAUCUUUUUUACUGCCCAGGGCAAACCCUGGUACCGCAACCCCAAAAAGGGGACACCGCAUUGCGCUAUUCGCUGCAACGACCCCGACUGCAGUUACGGCGGAGCCGCGCCCUGCAAUUACCCACUGCCCGUCCCCUUUAGCAACGACACGCACACGCAUCAUACCUGCAGCCAAUGCAAAGCGCAACGCAAUGCAGACCGCGGUCUCAUUAGCAUACAGCCCUUGAAUUAA